AUGCCCAGGAGAUCCACUCCAAAAUCCCGCGCUGGCUGCGAGACCUGCAAGCGCCGGCAUUUGAAGUGUGAUGAGGCGAGACCUGUGUGUGGAAAAUGCGCCUUUUCCAAAAGGGAAUGCAUAUACACUACAAUCUCCUCACAGCGGGCUCCAGUAGCCCCGUCUCCACGAACAGACCAGGCAUCAUGCCUUCAUAAACAAUCUCUACCACGUAGUCCUGGCAGUCCCAGCAAUCUCGCCGGCAGCUUGUCGCCGCUGCCCCCCGGCUCAUCUGGGCUAGGAUCCAACGUCGACCACAUUGAGCUGUUCUACCUAUUCAUCACGACCACAUGCAUGACUAUCGCUAUUGAUCCUCUGCAGAUCCAGCUGUAUCGCCGCAUCAUCAUUGAGCGGUCCUUCAAACAGCAUUUCUUGAUGGACCAGCUGCUCGCCUUAUCGGCAUGCCACAUGACCCUCCAGAGACCUCAUGCAACCGCACACUAUCUGAACAUCGCGGCAAAUCAACAGGCCGCAGCGCUUGCCGGGUAUCGAGAUAUUUUGUGCAGAAUUGACGGUUCAAACUGCCUGGAUAUCUUGUUAUUCUCCCACUUAAUUGCCCUUCAUGUCUUUUGGGACAUCUUCACACAGCAACCUCAGACUGACUUUGGCAGCUUUCUCGAAAAGCUGGUCGGCUGCAUCCGCCUGUUGCGGGGGAUUAACGUCGUUAUCCACUCCUGGUUCGAAACACUGGUCAAGAGUGAGAUCGGACCAAUAUUAGUCGCGUCGGAAGAGCACCAACAAAGCCCCAAAGAAUCGCGAGAUGAGUGUGGAUUGUUGCGCGCAAUGUUGGACAGCGCUGACCUGAGCGCCUCAUCCAUACAAACCUGCCUUGCGUCCCUGGAAGUAUUACAGUCAACCUUUGACAGUGAGAACAUGCUAGAUGAGCCCUCAGCAUCCACACACCAGGCCUUCAGUUGGCUGGUGACCUUGUCCGAGCCUUUUACCGAACUGGUCGAUCAGCGCAAGCCCGAGGCACUUGUCAUUCUCGCACACUACGCCGUGAUACUUCAUCGACGACGGCAAUCGUGGGCUAUUGGCCAGGCAGGUCGUCGAACCUUGGACCAAAUCCGCCAAUAUCUAGGCAAACGGUGGGAUCGCUGGCUAGAGUGGCCAGAGAGUGUCAUGCAGGGCGCCAACAGUGGUUCUUCGCAACGCUGA